AUGUCGCUCCCCGCCGCCGGCGUAGCGAUGUCAACGGCGACUGCAAUCUGUCUAGUGGCGAUAAGCCUGGCGGUGGCGGCCGCCGAACCCGUCGGAGAGCCCUCGCCCGCCACCCGCAAGUGCAGGGUGUCGGAAUUCACGUGCGGCAACUCCAGAUGCAUCCCCCUCAACCACUACUGCGACAGCAAGAACGAUUGCGGGGAUUCGUCCGACGAGCCGAGAUACUGCACACGUUGCAACAGAACAUACUAUGGUGUUAUUGGGAAGACUUACGACUUGGAACUACAUCGACCAAAGGAAGACAAAAUUCCUUUUAUAUGUUUUUUGACGUUUUGUGCAAAAGGUGGGGAGUAUGGAGAUUUAAUACAGUUAACGUUCGAUAGUUUUACGUUGGGCCGCUUUGUGUCUUUCACGUCGGAUGGUUGUCCGGACGGUGCCUUACAAAUAUCGGAGUCCAAUCGGCCCCAGGUGGGGGGAUCCUGGUGCGGGACGUCCUGGGGUCCGGCCAUCUACUACAGCGAAACCGACAGUGUCACGAUCUCCGUCAACCUCUUCCGCCUUUCGAAGAUCGAGAACGGCUACAACUUCGACUACCGCAUGGAGUACAAGUUUCUGAGGAGGAAGGCUGCUACGGUCCGCUAUGGAGGAGGUCUGCCGUCGCUCUUCCAAAACACAACGGAGCCUUCCGUCGAACCUGAACCGGAAUACUACUUAGGUGAUUUAAUAUCGGGCACAUAUUGUUCCCGAAUUUUCAGCGACUGUGAUAGGAAACACUGCCGUCUCCAGUCCCCUAAUUUCCCCGGAAUCUACCCCCGGAACCUCACCUGCUACUACGCCGUGCGCCAGCAUGAUAUACCCCCAGGCAAACACGCCCUAAUAACGGUCCGCCAGCCCAAGGGCCAGCUGAUCUCCAUCCGCAGCCAGUCAGCGCUCUACGGCACGGCCAGCACCAGAGAACUCAAAGUGUGGGACGCCUGCGACGACGUCCAGGACUACGUGACAGUCUACGACGGCUACACCACCCGGGAUCCCGUCAUCCUGAAGUUUUGCGGAGGUGGCGAGGCGGUCCCCGAGGCCAUCUCCAGCGGGCACGAGUUGCUGGUGGAGUUCUCCACGUCACCCUACGGCACGUUCCUCUACCCCGCCCCCGCCCAGUCUCUCCAUGGGUUUCAGCUCGAAGUCGAAGUAAGAUUCGUGGACCAACAGACCCCCACCUUCAUGAAGCAGAAACGCAACUGCGAGUUCUGGGUGCGCGGCACCAGCCGGGGCGUCGUCGAGAGCCCCCUUCACUCCCUGCCGGCCAACACCACCUGCCUGUACCACCUGCAGGGCCUGGACGCCACCGUGUCCCCCUCGCCGAUCCCCUUCAGACCGCUGAACGCCAGGUACCCGGACUGGCGGCACGUGGGGAUGAUCCUGCCGCCCCCGCGGUACAGGGUAUGGCUGUCCGUGAUAAAGUUCCACGUCGCCAGCUCCUGGGACCCCCAGAAGCCCGACCAGGUCUGCAGGAGCUAUCUGAACGUGUGGGACGGGCAACUUUGGACGCCGUCCAACUGCGAGGGGCUCUACUGCAACACCCUCAAGGAUAAAUCGAGGAGCCGCGCCGGCCAAUCGGGCGGAACGGGCUCCGCCGCCGGCAAGAAGAACGUCACCCUGCUGGCCCGCUACUGCAGGGAGCACGUGCCCAGGAGCUGCGAUCACUCCCUGCUGGCCAACGCCACCCGCUUCCCCAGGCCCUGCUCCCUCGCCGAGAGCUUUCUCACCUCCGGAGACAGCCUCACGCUGGAGCUGAGACUCGCCGACUCCACCGCACUCAGGCCAGUGACAUUCAAAGCCCUCUACGAGUUCGUGGAUCUGCAUUUAGACGGAGAACCCUUCGGCGAAGGGCCGUGCUCCAGACGAUUCGGCGUCGCUACGAGCGAUAUACAGCAGAAGUUCAAGUCCCCCAGGGACAUAUUUCUCUACGGACGGGGAGGAGCGAAGAACAUCAGCUGCACAUACCGCUUCGAGGCGCACAAGGACGAAAGGAUAAAGAUCACCCUCGCCGAGAUGGUGAUAAAAAACCGCGACUGCGAGACGAGAGUGAGCAAGAACACCGAUCGUCUCGAAUGUUUCGGCAACAUGUCGGCGACGCUGCGUUUCUUCGAACUGCCCUGGGCGGACGUCCCUGGGGUGCCAAGGGACUGUCUCUGCGCCGUCGACAAGGACAAACUGAUGCCUUUCACUUACGUCUCCGCGUCUAAUGUGGUGGAAUUGAGAUUUGACGUGACCGGCAUGAACGCCUCGGACGACUUCAGCACGCUGUUCUUCGAGGGAAGUUGGAAAACCAUAAAAACUCCCGUUUGCUCCAGGAACCUGCGACUGCGGGGUCCCAGUGGAGAACUGCUUUUCGUUUACCCUACCCCACCCAGUGAGGCAAACUGCGAGUCCAGUCCCCGAGUUAUAAUCCCGGGAUCCAAUAAGUACCUCUACGUAAAGAUCAGCGGUGGGAUAAUGAAACAUUCAAGCAGACUUGGAAACGGCACGUCUAGAACCAUCUCGACCGGCUUACGAUGCGAGACCGCCAAUCGAAUUAGGGUACACACCGCGCUGUACACGGCGAUGAUCUGCCCAUCCGAGAGGACGUCCCGCCAGCACCUGGUGGAGGUGUUCUCCGAGGGGUGGAACGUGAAGAACAGCCCCGAGUACGCCAUCGGCCAGAUGGUCCUGGACAAGAUUGAGAUUGAUCGGCUGGGCAAGGAGCUGCCGAGGACAAUCGUCGUCGAGUUCUACGGCCGGGAAGCAGGGGAGUACUCCGUCAUGUGGUUGGAGUUGUCGAGACGACGAGAUGUCCCGCCAAACGGCUUGGGUCUCUUCAUGAUGAAGCCGGACGAAUGCCAAUAUAGAUGUCCCGAGCUGGACGCCUGCAUCAACGCCACAGUUUGGUGUGACGGGGUGGAAGAUUGUCCCUCUGGUAUCGACGAGGCCUUAACGCACUGCUCGUUGCUCCUCCAGCUUCCGCCGAUCUACCUAUUCUUCGGCGCCUUGGGCGUUAUUGUUUCUAGCUUUACGACAGUCGUCAUCCUGUGGAAGACCUGCCGGAGGAGGCCUCGGUCCAUCCUCCAGACGAGGUUAAAGAGCCUGUCUUCCGACACCGCCAUCGUCGACGAGAAGGGCGUCAUCUGCUGA